AUGCCCGACGGCUCCUACUCCUCCACCUCCGCUCCGGUUGCGCCUCAACAGCGCUCCUUCAACCCCUACACCGACAACGGCGGCACCAUCCUCGCCAUCGCCGGCGCCGACUUCACCGUCAUCGCUGGCGACACGCGUCAGAGCGAGGGCUACAGCAUCCAGACGCGCUAUGCGCCCAAAGUAUUCAGACUAACCGACCGCGCCGUUCUUGCCGUGAACGGCUUCGCCGCGGACGGCAACAUGUUCGUCAAGAAGGUCAGACAACGGCUUGAGUGGUACCGCCAUGCACACGCAAAAGACAUGCCCCUCCGCGCCAUCGCCCGCCUCAUCCAAACCAUGCUCUACGCACAACGCUUCUUCCCCUACUACGUCUACAACAUCCUCGGCGGCAUCGAGGAGGAUGGGUCGGGCGCGGUCUACUCCUUUGAUCCCGUUGGGUCAUAUGAGCGUGAGGCGUGCCGAGCUGCUGGCGCCGCGCAGUCGCUCGUCCAGCCGUUCUUGGACAACCAGAUUUACUUCAAGAACCAGAAAGCUGCCGCCGGACAAUCACAUCCGACACACCUCCCGUUGUCAGAUGUCCUGUCAAUCGUCAUCGAUUCGUUUACGAGCGCGACGGAGCGCCACAUCGAGGUCGGCGACGGUCUCGAGAUCUACGUCUGCGUCGCGCAGGGCCGGAGUCCACAGGGGCUCGAGGCGAUGCGCAACGUCCAGGAGCUCUCGCCACGAGCCGACGGCGAUCGGAUGUUCGUCAUGCGGAGAGAGUUGAAGAAGGACUAG